UAUUUCCAAAAAAAGUUUUCCUUCCCCAAAUUAAAAGAAAUUAAUAAACAAAAUGCCACAUGGACAUUCACAUAAUCAUGGAGACGAAUGUGGUCAUGAAGCUAGCGACAUUGACCAUGCUCUUGAAAUGGGAAUCCAAUACAGUUUAUACCAAAAAAUCGAUCUAGAGAACUUAGAAUGUUUAAACGAGGAGAUCGAAAAUAGUGGCAAGAAAGUCUUUAAACCUUAUGAAAAACGUCUUGAUUUUAGCGAGUUUGUUGUGAGUGAUGCUGAUGAGGAACUCCUCUUUAAUAUCCCAUUUACUGGAAAUAUUAAGCUAAAAGGAAUCAUCAUAGUUGGUGCCAAUGAUAAUUCACAUCCUAAUAAAGUUAGAUUGUUCAAGAAUCGUGAAAAAAUGUCAUUUAGCGAUGCCGAGAUGAAAGCCGAUCAGGAAUUCGAAUUAAGUCGGGAUAUAAAAGGAGAAAUUGAAUACUCGCCAAAAGUGGUAACUUUCUCAUCAGUUCAUCAUUUAACAUUGCAUUUCCCUUCGAAUUUUGGAGCUGACAAUACUCGUAUUUACUAUAUUGGCCUUCGUGGUGAGUUCAGUGAAGCACAUUUUCAUGGUGUAACUAUAUGCACUUAUGAGUCUGCACCAAAUGCAGCUGAUCACAAAAACAGUCUCUUUGAUUCAAUAAACAAAGAAGUUAAAUAAAAACUAUGAAUAAUACUUAAAAAAAAUAAAACUAUGCCUAAUUAUUUUGUUAUCUUUGUUAAAAUAAUAUUUUUAAUUAAAUUAUUAUUUGCAAAAAAAUGGAUUUCUUAUUUUCUGAGUCUUUAU